AUGAUCCAGCGCUGCAACCCUACUUUCAAAGACGGGACUCCCUUUCUACAGACCACGACUUGUCUGGUGUGGGGAGCCAGGGUGGUAAUACCACAGAGCCUGCGUGAAGUAGUCGUUGGGCUUCUGCACGAAAGCCAUCCGGGAAUGGUGAAAAUGAAGAUGUUGAGUAGACAAAACGUAUGGUGGCCUUGUUUGGAUACCGACGUUGAAAAUGUUGUUCGUAACUGUCACGUGUGCCAGUGCGUUCAGAACAGUGCGCCCCUUCCACCAUUACAGCCGUGGCCGUCUUCGACCCGAGUAUUUCAGAGAGUGCAUCUAGACUUCGCUCAAAAAGAUGGGACGAAUUUCUUGAUUGUCGUUGAUGACUAUUCCAAAUGGAUGGAGGUGAUCAUGAUGCCCACGACAACAGCCCAGAGGACAGUCGAAGAACUGCGAACCAUUUUUGCCCAAUUCGGAUUGCCAGAAGAAGCUGUAACGGACAAUGGUCCCCAAUUCGUGUCCGAAGAAUUUCGUAACUUCAUGGAAGAGAAUGGCGUCAUCCACACCACAACACCGCCAUAUCACGCUGCUUCGAACGGACUUGCGGAGCGCGCGGUCCAAACACUGAAGAAAUCUCUUCUAAAGCAGCUGGAAGAAGACAAAAGCGAUAACAAGAAAAGAAGCAUGCAGCUUAAACUUUCGAAUUUUCUGUUUCAGUAUCGCACGACACCUCAUGCAACGACCGAGAAGACGCCUGCUGAACUCUUCUUGGGACGGCUGCCCAGGACCCGUCUCUCUCUACUGAAGCCUGGCUACGACCAUGCACGUCGUGCAAAGCAAAACCGGAUGAAAAUGUACGCAGAUAAACGACGCUCUCACCCACGAACGUUCCAGGUUGGAAGUCUCAUCUGGGUUAAGAAUGUCAGGGGAGAGGAUGUUAAUUGGUCACCAGGAAAAGUGAUCAAAGUGAUCAGUGAGGUAACUUUCUUGGUACGUGUUCUCGGAAAGGUUCGCUUCGUGCACAGUGACCAUCUCAGGUCAAGGACUGGAGCUGUUGCAGGUUCGGACGACAGUUCCCAGCAGCAAUCGGCGGAGACUUCAGAAUCUUCCGACAACGAAUACUUUGACGUGCCAGAGACUUCGCCAAUACCCAGUGGGGACAGUUCUAGUGUCGAAAGUGUUCCCGACGAGGAACUUAGGCGAAGUAAAAGAGUGGCAAGGCCACCUGACAGGCUUACGUACGAAGCGCUUGGAGAACGUAUGUAAGCUUGCAUGCGAACCUUCCAACUGUUUCUGGUGCUUUGUAUGCAUGUUUCAUUUCUGUACUCGAUAGUAUAUUGUGUUUUUGUAAUUGAAAACUUGUGCGGGAGGAAUGUUGUACCGCGCGUUUGUUGUCAGGCAAGGUUGUCUAAACC